GUUUAGUGGACAUUUAUAGACCAGAACUAGUCCCGUAACAUUUGUUUCAUUACACAAUUUUAAUAUGUAUAUCUCCUACCUACGUUCCUAGAGAUUGAACGCGUACUGAGUGGUACUUCAUUCUCGCGUGCGCCUAUGCCGUGACCCUUGAGGCGUUUUACUUCAGAACUUGAGAUGAAUGUUUACAUCACAACAACCUUAUAGAUCCGUAGUCAAGGUCGUUUAGAAAUCCAAUCUAACAAGUUGCAUCCGACUGGUUUUCAAAACAGUGACGAUUAAUUUUUGGCAAUUUUAAGUGACUAUGGAUGUGUUUGUGUCUGAAAAUGGAAAAUCAACGAGAUGUUAGCAAUAAUAUCGACAGAUUUUAAAACAAGUGGAAAGCUGAAGCAAGUUUGGCCGCUCCUCGACGUAAACAAGAAUGAAGUUCCUAGAAAUUAGCAACUGAAAUGGAAGAAUGGCUUCAGUCUACCUAUGCAUCUUUAUGCUAUUUCAGCUCGUAAGAAUAGUGCACUCAUCACAUCACGAUUUUCGCUUCAUAUCUCGACAGGAUUUGGAGCCUACGAUUACAACAUUUAUUGAUUCAGGGACCACCAAUUUCUUUCAAAUGUUAUUUGAUAUCUCGAGCAAUGAAGUCAUCGUGAGUGCCAAGAAUUCCAUAUUUCGCCUGACACUUCAAGAGCUAGAUUUACUGGAAAAAGAAUCAUGGAAAGCUUCCCCUAAAAAUAUCUCUCAAUGUAUUGCCAAAGGUCAAUCGGAAAAUUCUUGUCAGAACUAUAUUCAAAUUUUGCAUAAGAAAGGAAACAAGCUAUUAGCUUGUGGAACCCAUGCUUUCCUUCCACAGUGUACUUGGAGAAAGACUGACAAUAUUUCGCUCGUUACUGAAUGGAUGAGUGGCGUCGCCAAAUGUCCUUAUAGUCCUCUGUCGAGCCACACAAGCAUUAUUCUGGAAAACGGUGACUAUUACUAUGGCGGACCGACCGAUUUCUCUGGUUCCGAAUCCUUGCUGUCGAAAACAACGGAAGUUCACCACACGGUUAAAACCAGACAAUAUAACCCCUUGUGGCUUAACCAGCCUCAGUUCGUUGGUUCGUUCGAGACUAAUGACUUUGUGUAUUUCGUCUUUAGAGAAGCCGCUGUGGAAUAUAUGAAUUGCGGAAAGAUAAUAUAUUCCAGGAUAGCCAGAGUGUGUAAAAACGACAUGGGUGCUCAUAAUUUGUACGGCGAUAUAUGGACUACUUUCAUCAAGGCAAGACUGAAUUGUUCAAUAAGCGGAGAUUAUCCCUUCUAUUUUAACGAAGUACAGAGCAUUUCCUAUGAAGCAGCGGAAAAUUUGAUGUAUGCAGUUUUUACCACACCAAAUAACGGCAUUGGGGGGUCAGCCAUUUGCGCUUUUAAUUUAACUGCUAUCAACGACGCUUUUAACGGACCCUUCAAGUACCAAGAAGGCAUGGAGGCAGCUUGGCACGCAUCAUCUACUCCCCAUAGAGAACAUUUGGAAUGCAAGUCGUCUACCAGCAGGCAUCUCAUAGAGACUACCAAAUACCAGUUAAUGGACUCAGCAGUCCAGCCCUUGACGUUAGAUCCUGUACAUAUUGCCGAGAAAGAUAGGUAUACUCAUAUCACUACAGACAUAGUGUCUACGAAAUUACACAAAAGUGUCCACGUAUUAUAUGUGGUAACCUCGGAUGGAUUGGUGAAGAAAAUCGCUGUGCUACCAAGAACUUUGCAAGCUUGUACAGUUGAAGUGUGGGAAACUUCUUCAAACGUACGGACUCCAGUGCGAAAUAUGAGAUUCGUUAAGCAAACCAAUUCGGUUUAUUUCACAACAGACGAAAAAAUAUUUCGAAUACUUGUUGAUCAGUGCAAGAGACAUAUUUCGAAAAACAGCUGUCUAAACGCCAUGGAUCCUUACUGCGGGUGGAACGAAAGAGACGAGACCUGCUCCUUACCGCCGGAUGGCAAUCCCCUCGACAAAUAUUGGGAGCAAUCAGUUGUGUCAUGUCCUGUACUAGAUUCACCAGUGGAUGGAGGAUGGAGUAGUUGGGGGCCUUGGAACUACUGUCUUCAGAAAGGAACAGAGGAUCCAUCAGACACAUGUUUGUGCCAACAGAGAUAUUGCAAUAACCCAGCACCAGCAAACGGAGGUAAACACUGUACAGGCAUAUCGCUGGCUGUAACAAACUGCACAGUCCACGGCGGUUGGUCCGACUGGUCAUCUUGGUCUGCUUGUUCUGCCACCUGCGGCCAAGCAACAAAAAUCAAAACGAGAAGUUGCACAAAUCCUGCGCCAGUGUUUGGUGGUAGGGUGUGCGUUGGUCAAUCCACGAUGGAAGCUUACUGUUCAGAGCUUCUACCUUGUCCAAUACAACCUAAGAAUGGAGGAUGGAGCGAAUGGGAGCCUUGGAACACUUGUUCUGUAUCUUGUGGCAUUGGAUUCAGAAAGAGGAGAAGAAGAUGUAACAAUCCUAGGCCGAAGGACGGAGGUCAACAUUGUGUAGGAAAUGACAUCGAAUAUGAGGAAUGUAUAGGAGAUCAAUGUGAGGAACAUAGGAAACAUCAUGUUACAGAGUGGAUCAAAGAUAAAAACACUGGAAAAGGAAGCUACAUCCAAAAGAGAUAUAAGUUUGUAUGUAGAGCAAAUGUUGGUCAAGUGAGUGAUAUCCGUCUGAACUUCAAGGAAGAAGUUCAGAUUUGCGACAGCAGAGACAAAUGCUACCAAUCGGAAAUAAUACAAAAACAAAAAUGGAGUGCUUGGUCUCCAUGGAAUGAAUGUUCUGUAGAAUGUGGUAGCGGAACCCAAAACCGUACCAGGUAUUGUGAUGGCAGAGCUUGUCAAGGUUCUAGUAUUGAAAUAAGACAGUGCACACGACCCCCAUGUUCAGGAGAAUGGAGUUGUUGGUCCGAAUGGUCGCCUUGUAACGUUUCUUGCGGUUGGGGUGUUCAGACUAGAACGAGAUCGUGUUUGACACAAAACUGUAAAGGUAUUAAUAAAGAGAUGCAGCCUUGUGAACAAGUACCAUGUGAAUCUCUAUUAGGUUGGGAAAAUUGGUCUGCGUGGUCGCUGUGUGAUGAAAAUUAUGAACAACAUCGGAAGAGAAAAUGCAGGACGACAAAUCCUGCUAUAGGUGUUUGUCAGGGUAGUUCGUUCGAAACUAGAAUAUGUGUGACACGUGGACCAAACGAUUGUGGCCAAAGCGAGUUACAACUCCAAUCAGCAUCCAUACCUAUUGGUCUAGCCAUUGCCUAUCUUAUAAUUGGGGCUAUCCUAGGUGUAACUUGUGGUGUGAUAUGUGUUCAUAUUCAUUUGAGGAAAAAGAAAACAAAAAUUCCUAGCUCUCCUCACUACAUUAACGCCAAACAAAAUCCCUACGUUACAGUGCCAUUACACAAUAGAUCGAAAAAAAAUAGUGCAUCUACCUCAAACAAUUUACUCAAUAACGUCCAUAGUGGAACGAUAAAAUCUUCAAAGUGUUACGAUUAUGACACGGUUAAACGGGGCAAUCAUGUUUUUGCUAAUAUACAUCAUAAGCAAGACUUUUUAAGUGACGAUAAGUCCUAUUAUGACUGAAUAGGGAGCCAACAAAAAUUUCAGCUUGAAAUCAUGUCGAAUAUACCUACUUAAACGAUUUCUGAAAACAAUUAAGUAGUUUUAGGAAGAUUUUAUUUUUCUAUUAGUUUCAUGUUUAAAUCUGAGGUAACUUCACAGUUGAUAUUUUAUUUUAUCGAAAUGGUGCAAUUAUUUUGGUACCUAUAUCUAAGAACUAGUAUAUUGCAUUUUACUCACAUGGUACAGUUAUGGUAUACUAAACGGGAAAUACGAAAAAUAUUAACAAUAAGACUCAAACUGAUAGUAUAAUAUUAUGUUGUUGACUUUGAAACUGUUAUUUUUAUGUAUUAUAUUUUAUGUACUUUUAUACAUGUGCAUAUUUGUAACCAAAUAUUUUAUAACUGAAAGUUUUAUUUUGAAUAUUUAUGUUGUUCAUAUUGAACAGACUUGGAAAUACAUGAUGUACAAAUUUA